AUGCAGCAACAUACAACCGAGCCGGCAAGCCUAUUACUUUCCAAAAAACAGAACCAUCCUUCUGUGCGACCUCGCUCUCAACCCUCUAAGGAGAGGAGCUCAAACAGCCCGACUUUAUUCUCUGUCAAUGUGCGAAACACGUUUGCGCUCAUAGUGAUCCCUUUGGGGGCACUAUCAAGCGUCCCUUGGGUUCCUCUAGAUUCGAGGACUCUUUUGUUCGGGGUGCUGUAUGCGUACCUACGUUCUUUUGCCAUAGUCACGGGCUACCAUCGUCUCUGGGCACACAGAACCUACACUGCUAACACAGCUUUGAGACUUGUGUUUGCGUUGCUUGGUGCAGGUGCAGGGCAAGACCACAUCAAAAAGUGGGCUCGGGACCACCGCGCUCAUCAUCGCUAUGUCGAUACCGAUCAAGACCCUUACAGUAUAAAGAAGGGAUUUUUCUAUGCGCACAUGGGCUGGAUUAUAUUUGAGAACAAUAAAACCUCGACCACCGGCCGCGUGGAUAUCAGCGAUCUCAAGUCCGAUCGAAUCGUGGAAUGGCAAAGGCGAUAUUUCGUGCUCUUAUUCGCCAUUAUGGGAUACCUUGUCCCUACUGUCGUAUGUGGACUGUCGCAUGGCGAUUUUCUUGGCGGAUUCGUUUGGGCAGGCUGUUUAGGCACAGCAGUACAGCAACAACUUACAUUUUGUGUAAAUUCUGUUGCUCAUUGGGUCGGGGAUCGACCUUUUACAGCGACCAAAUCCGCAAGACAAAGUCCGUGGGCCAUCACUCUCCUCCUUAUGGGAGAGGGUUACCAUAAUUUUCACCAUGAAUUUCCUACCGACUAUCGAACUGGGAUUCGGUGGUACGACGUCGAUCCAGGCAAAUGGAUGAUCGCUUUCCUGUCCUUUCUCGGACUUGCCACUAAUCUGAAGCGCUUCCCACAGAACGAGAUCAAUAAAUCGAUGGUACAGCGAAAGCGGGAGAAGCUAGAGAAUGAAAGUCAGGCUGUGGAUUGGGGCGUUCCACUUGAAGAGCUACCGGUUUGGAAGUGGGAAGAGUACGAGCAACAGACAAGAACAGGACGCAAUCUGAUUGUUAUUAGAAGGGCUGUGCAUGACGUUUCGACUUUUGUGGCUGAGCACCCAGGAGGCCCAGCAAUGAUCGCUGCGGCAAUAGGGAAGGACGGAACGGAGAUGUUUGAGGGAGGGGUAUAUGGUCACUCAAAUGCGGCAUUCAACCUGCUGGAUAAGAUGAGAAUAGCCGUAAUCGAAGAUGGGAUGUCAAGGUAA